AUGUGCCAGUGGAAUCACCUGUGGCUAUCUGUCCCUGUAGCUCCGCCCUCAACAGGUGUACACACUACUCCACGGUCGGCUCUGGCUGCUACGGUUGCUAUGGUGCAUCAGUGGAACCUACCACUCUCCGGCCAGUAAACAGGGGUGGUCAGUUUUGAUGGAGAUGUAUAGCUUACUUUAAUUCUACUACUACACAAUACUACUACAAAUUCUGUCUCUGUCACCACUCUAUAAGCAUGAAAUGAGUUUUAUUUUCAUAAUUUUUUUUUCCCAAUAUGAAACAAAAUAGCUAAAUGAGCCCACUCAUCCCCCUCUUUGUGUCAGAUGUGACAUUCAGCUGUCACUCCAUGCAGGAGUAUUGGGAAGGGUUUGUUUGAGUCUGGCUUUGCCCGAGAUGGUAGGGAGGAUCUAGCCAGGCUCUGGCAGUGGCACACAGGGACACACAUGGUGCUGGACUUCAGGGAGUGGAGUGCCAGGUGGCAGCACUAGUGCCCAAGGGCAGCAUGGCGCUGCCACCCCAGGAGUGUGCUGAGGAGAGCUAUGAGUUUGACAGCUCCUCGGAGGCAUUAGACAGCUCGGCCUCAGGGCUCCCCGACAAAGAGGAGGGAGAGGAGGAGGAGGAGGAGGAAGAGGAGAAUGGGGAUCUCUUCACUUUUGAAGAAGUUCUGUGUGCUGAGCGUGUGGGCCAGAUGACUAAGACAUACAAUGACAUAGAUGCUGUGACUCGUCUGCUUGAAGAGAAAGAGCGUGACUUGGAGCUUGCUGCCCGCAUUGGCCAGUCGUUGUUGAAGAAAAACAAAACCCUCAGUGAACGCAAUGAAUACCUGGAGGAGCAAGUGGAACACAUACGGGAGGAGGUGUCGCAGCUGCGUCACGACCUCUCCAUGAAAGAUGAGCUUCUCCAGUUCUACACCAGCGUGGCUGAGGAGUGCGAAGGAGACUCGGCCACCUCCACCCCUGUCCGGCGGAAUGAGUCGACAGCCUUGUUGCCCGGUGGCUUCCCUCUGGACUCGCUGCAGAAGAAGCUGAAGGACCUGGAGGAGGAGAACAUCAGCCUGCGUACAGAGGCCAAUCACCUGGAGACAGAGACUAUGUGCUACGAGGAGAAGGAGCAGCAGCUGGUGAAUGACUGUGUGAAGGAGCUCAGAGACGCUAACUUCCAGCUCUCAUCUCUGGCCGAGGAGCUGGCCAGGAAAACGGACGAUGCGUCUCGUCAGCAAGAGGAGAUCACCCACCUCUUGUCCCAGAUUGUUGACCUGCAGAAGAAGUCCAAGGCUUAUGCUGUUGAGAAUGAGGAGCUGACCCAGCAUUUGGGAGCUGCCAAAGAUGCCCAGCGACAGCUCACAGCCGAGCUGAGAGAGCUGGAGGACAAGUAUGCUGAAUGCUUGGAAAUGCUGAAUGAGGCACAGGAGGAGCUGAAGAACCUGAGGAACAAAACCCUCCCCUCUGCCGCUUCACGCCGCUUCAACUCACUGGGCCUUUUCCCCAUGGAUUCUCUGGCUGCAGAGAUCGAGGGUACCAUGAGGAAAGAGCUGCAGAUGGAUGAUCCUGACGUAGAGGAACACAUGCUGCACCCGAAGCGUAUCUUCCAGACGGUGCGUAACGUCAACCAGACGGUGCGUCAGCGCUCCACGGGCCCCUCCCCCAUGAACAUCCCGGGGUCCAAUCAGACGUCGUCUCUGAACUCCCGGCGCUCCAGCUGCGUGAGCACGCCCCGCUCCAGCAUGUACGGCGGCAGCAUGAUGGACAACCGCGCCAGCAGCAUGAUCCUGGAGGGCCACACGCCCGAGGACAGAUCAGACGACUCGAACAGGAAGCAGGCGGGGACCCCCGGCACGCCGGGCUCCCAGGACCUGGCGGCGGCGCUGCGACGUCUGACCCUGCGUCGGGACAACUACAUGAGCGAGCGGCGCUUCUUCGAGGACGAGCGCGAGCGCAAGCUGCAGGAGCUGUCUGAGAAGGACGGGCUGUCGGAGGGGAGGGGGGGGGAGGACGGCUCCCUCACCCCCACGGACAGCAUCAUGUCCCUGGGCCUGUCCUCGCUGCACUCCGGCCUCUCCGGCUUCUCCUUCUACGGCCCGCGCUCCUACCUGCCCGAGAAGCUGCAGAUCGUUAAGCCACUGGAAGGUUCAGUCACUUUGCACCAGUGGCAGCAGUUAGCCCAGCCCAACCUGGGGGGCAUCCUGGACCCGCGGCCGGGCGUGGUCACCAAGGGCUUCCGUCCCCUGGAGCUGGACCUGGAGGAGGUGUACCGCUUCACCGACCUGGAGGAGGACGAGGCGGGAGGGGAGCGCCUGUCCAUCACGGGCCUCACCGCCUCGGGUCACCUGAGCCGCCGUCGCCUCUGUCUCAGCCGCUGCUCCUCCACCUCCUCCCUCGCCAGCGACAACAACAACACCCUGCCCAACAACAACACCAUGCCCAACAACAACACCCCAAUCAACAACAACAACAACAACGACUUCAGUGGCUCCAGCGAUGGCCUCGACCAAGAGCCGUCAGCAGCAGCAGCAGCGGCGGCUGCAGGGACAGGAAAUGGUCAGGUGUCCACAGGAAGUUUGGAGAUGGCCGAGGCUGCAGGCUUGUCCUCCGUGCAUCUCCCGGGGAAGUGUCAGUCCCACACCACCUCCACCUACACCAUCACAACCUGCCGUAUCAUGCACCCGUCGGACGAGCUGACCAGAGUCACACCCAGUGUGAUGUCUGGCCCCACAACCUCGUGUGUGUCGACCUCCUCAGCCUCGUGUGUGUCGACCUCCUCAGCCUCGUGUGUGACGACCUCCAGCAUCCUCCGUUGCUCCUCCAGGCCGGCCUCCACUCCCUGUACCCCACGGCGCCUCAGCCUGGCGGAGUCCUUCACCAACCUCCGUGACUCCACCAAGACCACCAGCACCUCGCUGGGUCUGGUGCGGAUGAUGCAGGAGUGUGGCAUUUCUGCUGCCGUGUACGACCCCUGGAGCUGGGACCGCGUGGCGGCGUCCGCUCCUGCCGACUACGCCAACCCCAAACCCAGCCCCAACCCUGCGGAGCGCGCCCUCUGCCAGGACUCCAGGCACGGGCCAGACACACUCCCCUCCACCCCCCCAACUCCCCCACCAGAGCCAAACGCAGAAGAAGCCCCACUGCAGACCCGCCUUUUGACUACAGCCCCUCGGCCCCGCCCUACGACAACUUCCUGACGUCCAGGCCAGCCAGCUCCAUUCUGAAGGAGGUGCGCCGGGCGGAGGCCCACCCAGGGUGCAGACUCGGAGAGCCCGACGGAGGUGAGCGUGCACAACCUCCGCCUGCUGGACAAGGUGAAGCGCCUGGGUGUGUCCCCUGGCCCUCUGACCAUGGGGCCCCUGUGUGGGGGACUGCGCAGGCCACCAGGGGCCCAUCCCAUGGUCACCAGCCCCAUUGGAGGAGGCCUUCCCACACUCAACGCGGGCAUGCGCCGUAACCGCAGUUACCCAGCCAUGGUUGGGCCAGCAUGGCCAUGAAGGGUCUAGGGCCCGAGAGUGGGACAGAGCUGCUGCUGCCCCCCCCCAGUUACCCCGCCGUGGUGGGGGCCAGCAUGGCCAUGAAGGGUCUAGGGCCCGAGAGUGGGACAGAGCUGCUGCUGCCGCCCCCGCCCCCGGCCCCCUUGCCCAAACAGACUAGCCUGAAUCAUGAGUGAAUGUUGCCUUUCUGUUGCUCCCAUCAUCAGCCCCUCUUGUCCAUUUCACCCCAGUGUGUGUUCAGGAUGGAGAAUGUUUCCUUCGUGACGAAUCCACUUUGUGCCUGUGGGGGGGGGGGGGGGAACUCUUUGAACAGACGAU